AUGGCAGACACCGGGGCCUGGCACCGGCUGCUUGCCCGGGCCAGUGAUGACCCGUCUUCGGCAUCGAGCUCUGCCUCAGCGCUCGUAACCACCCUUGUACCGUCCUUGAUCUCUUUCGCGGUUAUGGUUGGGCUUUUCAUCAUUCUGCGCAAGAAAUUCCACAGAAUGUAUAUGCCUCGUACCUACAUCGGCUAUCUCAAAUCCUGGCAGCGUUCCCCCGAGACCCCAACUGGUUUUUGGAACUGGGUGACUGCCAUGUACAAGCUUCCCGAUACCUACGUCUUGCAACACCACUCCAUGGAUGCUUAUCUUUUGCUGCGUUUCCUGAAGCUGAUCUCGGUCCUGAUGUUCGUCGGCUGCUGCAUCACCUGGCCGAUCCUGUUCCCUGUCAAUGCCACAGGUAAGGGCGGUAACCAGCAAUUAGACCUGCUGAGUAUGUCCAACAUUGCCGAUACCGAGUAUGGACGCUACUACGCCCACUGUUUCCUGGCUUGGAUCUUUGUUGGUGUGAUUUUUUUCACAAUCACUCGUGAACACUUGUUCUAUAUCAACUUGCGCCAAGCUUACCUCUAUUCGCCCGCGUAUGCGGGCCGUAUCUCCUCACGUACUGUGCUGUUUUCCUCGGUCACCCAGGACUACUUGAGCAAGGAGAAGAUCCGCACUAUGUUUGGCCGCCAGAAGGUUAAGAACGUCUGGCUGGCGACCGACACCGCUGAACUCGAAGACAAGGUGAAGGAGCGCGACAGCGCCGCCAUGAAGCUGGAGGCUGCAGAGACCAAGCUCAUUGUUAUGGCCAACAAGGCCCGCAACAAGCAGCUCAAGAAGAAGAAGGGCACUGUUGAGGAUGGCAACCCCGAGGAGGAGGCUAUCGGCGAGUUCGACGACGAGUCUGGCUCCGUGGCUGCUCGCUGGGUGCAGGCUAAGGACCGUCCUACUCACCGUCUCAAGUUUCUCAUUGGCAAGAAGGUCGACACCAUCAACUGGGCUCGCUCUGAAAUCGAGCGCCUUAGCCCCGAAAUUGAAGAGCUGCAGGCUAAGCACCGUGCCGGUGAUGUCAAGCUCGUCUCGUCCGUCUUUGUUGAGUUCUACCACCAGUCCGAUGCCCAGGCUGCCUUCCAGUCGGUUGCCCACAACCUGCCCUUGCACAUGUCUCCUCGCUACAUUGGCCUUGAUCCAACUCAGAUUGUCUGGGCCAACCUGCGCAUCAAGUGGUGGGAGCGCAUCGUUCGCCACAGCGUCACCCUGGGCUUCAUCUGCGCGCUUAUCAUCUUCUGGGCCAUCCCCACUGCCGUCGUGGGUGCGAUCUCCAACAUUACCUACUUGACCAACAAGGUUCCCUUCCUGAAGUUCAUCCUUGAUGUUCCUAGCUGGAUCCGUGGUGUCAUCACCGGUCUCCUGCCCACCAUCAUGAUGGCUGUCCUGAUGGCUCUGGUGCCCAUUGUCAUGCGUCUUUGUGCCAAAUGGGGUGGUGAUGUUAGUCUGUCUGCCAUCGAGAUGACUACACAGAACUACUAUUUUGCCUUCCAGGUCAUCCAGGUGUUCUUGGUCGUUACUCUCUCUUCCGCUGCCACCAGUGCGGUCACUCAAAUCAUCAAUGACCCCACAUCUGCUGCUAGCUUGCUCGCCAAAAGUAUCCCCAAGGCUUCCAACUUCUAUAUCUCAUACAUUGUCCUGCAAGGUCUAUCAUUCAGUGCUGGUGCCCUGCUGCAGAUUGCCGGCUUGAUUAUCGGCAAAAUCCUAGGUAGGCUCUUGGACAGCACUCCUCGCAAGAUGUACAAGCGUUGGUCCAGCCUGGCCGGUCUUGGUUGGGGUACCGUUUACCCUGCUUUCACUCUGUUGACUGUUAUUGGUAUCAUCUACUCCUGCAUCGCCCCUCUGGUGAUGGGAUUCGCUUCCAUCGGUCUGUAUCUUUUCUAUUUUGCCUACCGAUACAACUUGCUGUAUGUGUCGAACGGCACCAUUGACUGCCAGGGCCGUGGUUACACUCGUGCCCUCCAGCAUCUCACUGUUGGCUGCUACCUUCUGAUCGUCUGCUUAAUCGGCCUGUUCGCCAUUGGUACCGGGUCCAACCGCAUGGCUUUGGGUCCGCUGGUCCUGAUGAUCAUCUUCCUGGUCUUCGUCGUGUUGUACCACCUUUCGAUGAAUGCGGCCAUGCAGCCUCUGCUCGAUUACCUGCCCAAGAAUAUUGAGGCUGAGGAGGAGGCUCUUCUUGCCCAGGACAAGCAGCUCAGCGCCUCCGUUGAUGAGCACUCACAGUCCGAUGGCAUGCCUGGCGCCUCUGCAGGAACCAAGACAGAAAACAACGGUGUCUCCAACGUCGAUAGCGGCGUCGGUGCUGUCGACUCUGCCGACCCGGAGAAGGGCCUGCCCGCCCCUGAGUCCGCAGAGCGCAAGCCGAACUUUAUUGUCAAAUGGAUGAACCCACACAAGUACCACGACUACGCAGCAUUGCGCCGCCUCGUGCCCAGUCCGCUCGAUAUCCCGAUCUACUCGCCCGAGGUCGAGCGUGACGCUUACAACCACCCUGCUGUCGGCUCACAAGUCCCGCUGCUUUGGAUCCCUCGCGAUCCCCUCGGUAUCAGCCGACAGGAAGUUGCGCACACGUCGCGUGUCAUCCCGAUCACCGACGAGGAUGCCUUCCUCGACGAGAACGCCAAGAUCUCCUGGGCCAUUGAAAAGGGCCAGCCGCCCAUUCACGAGGACAAGGUCGACUAUUAA